GACUUUGAACUCCUUUAAAACUCUUUCUUUUCUUCUAUUUUCUUCCCCUCACUUGGCUUCAAACACCAUCAACUUCUUCUUUCGUUCUUCAUUGUUCAUUCAAUUUCUUCUCUCUUCAUCUCACCGAACAAAUCAUUCAAUUGCAAUCAUCUAUGGCGUCUUUCGACCCGAGCGUAGAUUCUAGUAAUUCCGACACGUUGCGAGAAUCCAAUCACAAGAAGCGCAGAAAAAUCGGAGACCACGCCGCCGCCGAUCAAAAUUCGGCUGCCGCCUCCCCGUGGAGAUCCGAAGAGGAGCAGCGGAUCUACUCCCGCCGCCUCGUGGAGGCUCUCCGCCGCACUGCGUCAUCGGCGGCCAAGCCUAGAGCCGCCGGCCAGGUCCGCGAGACCGCCGACCGCGUCCUCGCCGCCACCGCCAGAGGCCGAACACGGUGGAGCCGCGCGAUUCUCAGCCGCUGGAGGAAGCUCCGCACGCAGCACAAGAAGGCGAAGAAGAAGGAGGCAUCGUCCAUUAACUGUUUGAAGAGAACGAGGAUUGGCAACGGAGAGAGGAGGAACCGGUUACCGGCUGUGCAGAAGAAAGCGCGCGUCCUCAGCCGGUUGGUUCCCGGUUGCCGGAAGGUCUCGUUUCCAAACCUUCUGGAAGAAGCCACGGACUACAUCUCCGCCUUGGAGAUGCAAGUGCGAGCCAUGACGGCUCUCGCCGAACUACUCGCCGGCGCCGCGCCGGCAAGUCUCGCCGGCGGCACGUUGAGUUGACCCCCGCGCCUAGGCUAUAUUGCGCCAGGUGUUUUUCUUAUUUUAUUUUUUAAUUAUUAUAUCGUUUUUAUUGGUUUUCAGAUUCAUGUAUUUUAUCGUGUACACUGUACAUGCCAUUUGCUUAUUCCUCCUUCUUUUGAGUUCCACUAUCAUCACCUCCACCUUCUUUUUUCUUUUCUUUUUUAUCCUUUCAUAUUUAAUUGAAUGUGAACAUGCAUACCUACUUUGAUUC